GGCGCCCGUGUCGUUUGCAGCCGCGACGCUGAAGAUGGCGCGUUCCUAGAAGCCGAUUUCGGCAUCAGUAGGCGGCAGCGUGUGGACUGGCAACGUGGGGCGCGGGAGCAACUGACGCCACUCUGUGUUGGGAAGUGGGAGCGGGACGGCUGUCAUUCCGGACCGAACCAAACGGUUUCCAUGGAUCUUAAUAGUGCCAGCACUGUUGUUCUUCAGGUCUUAACACAGGCCACCAGUCAGGAUACUGCUGUGUUAAAACCAGCUGAGGAGCAGUUGAAACAGUGGGAGACACAGCCAGGUUUCUAUUCAGUGUUGCUGCAUAUUUUUACAAACCACACUCUGGAUAUAAAUGUUAGGUGGCUUGCUGUUCUGUAUUUUAAACAUGGAAUCGAUCGCUACUGGAGACGUGUAGCACCUCAUGCGCUCUCUGAGGAAGAGAAAUCGACAUUGCGUGCAGGGCUAAUCACCAACUUCAAUGAACCAAUAAACCAGAUUGCCACCCAGAUUGCAGUGCUGAUUGCAAAAGUUGCUAGAUUAGAUUGUCCUAGACAGUGGCCUGAACUGAUUCCCACUCUUAUCGAGUCUGUGAAAGUCCAAGAUGAUCUCCGACAGCACAGAGCGUUACUCACCUUCUAUCAUGUUACCAAGACACUGGCGUCUAAACGACUGGCUGCUGACAGAAAACUGUUUUAUGAUUUAGCUUCUGGAAUUUAUAGUUUUGCCUGCUCUCUGUGGAAUCACCAUACAGACACAUUCCUGCAACAAGUUUCUUCAGGCAAUGAAACUGCAGUUCUUAGUUCACUUGAACGAACUCUGCUGUCAUUAAAAGUGUUACGUAAAUUGACUGUUAAUGGAUUUGUGGAGCCACACAAGAAUAUGGAAGUGAUGGGUUUUUUGCAUGGAAUAUUUGAACGUUUAAAACAGUUUCUGGAAUGCAGUAGAAAUAUAGGCACAGAUAAUGUAUGUAGAGAUAGAUUGGAAAAGACCAUCAUUCUCUUUACUAAAGUGCUUCUGGACUUCUUGGAUCAGCAUCCCUUUUCAUUUACUCCUCUAAUUCAGAGAUCACUGGAAUUUUCUGUAAGCUAUGUUUUUACCGACGUUGGUGAAGGUGUUACAUUUGAGCGAUUCAUAGUCCAAUGCAUGAAUCUUAUCAAGAUGAUUGUCAAAAAUUAUGCUUAUAAGCCAUCUAAAAAUUUUGAAGAUAGCAGCCCUGAAACUCUUGAAGCCCAUAAGAUUAAGAUGGCAUUCUUCACAUAUCCCACUUUGACAGAGAUCUGUCGAAGAUUAGUCUCUCACUAUUUUCUGUUAACUGAAGAAGAACUGACAAUGUGGGAAGAAGACCCAGAAGGCUUUACAGUGGAAGAAACAGGAGGAGAUUCUUGGAAAUACAGUUUGAGGCCUUGCACUGAAGUCCUGUUUAUAGAUAUAUUCCAUGAAUAUAAUCAAACUCUUACUCCUGUGCUUCUGGAAAUGAUGCAGACACUUCAAGGACCCACCAAUGUAGAAGAUAUGAAUGCACUGUUAAUCAAAGAUGCUGUAUAUAAUGCCGUUGGAUUAGCUGCUUAUGAGCUGUUUGACAGUGUUGACUUUGAUCAAUGGUUUAAAAACCAACUUAUUCCAGAAUUACAAGUCAUUCAUAAUAGGUAUAAGCCAUUGAGACGCAGGGUGAUUUGGCUGAUUGGUCAGUGGAUUUCUGUGAAAUUCAAGUCUGACUUAAGACCCAUGCUUUAUGAAGCAAUCUGUAACUUACUUCAAGAUCAAGAUUUAGUGGUCCGUAUUGAAACAGCUACAACUCUGAAGUUAACUGUUGAUGAUUUUGAAUUUAGAACAGAUCAGUUUCUACCGUAUUUGGAAACCAUGUUCACGCUACUUUUUCAACUACUGCAGCAAGUUACAGAGUGUGACACAAAGAUGCACGUUUUGCACGUACUUUCUUGUGUGAUUGAAAGAGUCAACAUGCAGAUCCGACCGUAUGUGGGAUGUCUGGUACAAUACUUGCCUCUUCUUUGGAAGCAGAGCGAAGAACACAAUAUGUUGCGAUGUGCUAUUCUGACCACACUAAUUCAUCUUGUUCAGGGAUUAGGAGCAGACAGCAAGAACGUGUACCCUUUCCUGCUCCCUGUUAUUCAACUGAGUACAGAUGUUUCCCAGCCUCCACAUGUUUAUCUUCUGGAAGAUGGUUUAGAAUUAUGGUUAGUAACAUUGGAAAACAGUCCAUGUAUUACACCCGAGUUGCUUCGCAUAUUUCAGAAUAUGUCACCGCUUCUUGAACUAAGUUCAGAAAAUCUCAGAACCUGCUUUAAGAUCAUCAAUGGUUAUAUCUUUUUAUCAUCAACAGAAUUUUUACAGACAUAUGCAGUAGGUCUGUGCCAGUCCUUUUGUGACUUGUUAAAGGAAAUUACUACAGAAGGUCAAGUUCAAGUGCUCAAGGUUGUGGAAAAUGCUCUUAAAGUGAAUCCAGUAUUAGGCCCGCAAAUGUUUCAACCAAUUUUACCCUGUGUUUUCAGGGGUAUUAUAGAAGGAGAGAGGUAUCCUGUGGUGAUGUCCACGUAUCUUGGAGUUAUGGGUCGAGUGCUACUACAAAAUGCUAGUUUCUUCUCUUCACUGCUCAGUGAGAUGGCACAUAAAUUUAAUCAAGAGAUGGACCAGCUUUUGGGAAACAUGAUUGAAAUGUGGGUGGAUCGAAUGGACAACAUUACCCAGCCCGAAAGAAGGAAACUUUCAGCUUUGGCUUUGCUGUCUCUCCUGCCAUCUGAUAACAGUGUUAUCCAAGAUAAAUUCUGUGGGAUUAUAAACAUCUCAGUGGAGGGCCUUCAUGAUGUCAUGACGGAAGAUUCUGAAACAGGCACUUACAAAGACUGUAUGUUAAUGUCUCAUCUCGAAGAACCAAAAGUAACAGAAGACGAAGAACCGCCCACAGAACAAGAUAAGAGGAAGAAGAUGCUGGCCCUGAAGGACCCUGUGCACACGGUGUCACUGCAGCAGUUCAUCUACGAGAAGCUCAAGGCCCAGCAGGAGUUACUGGGGGAACAGGGCUUCCAGUCCCUCAUGGAGACGGUGGACACAGAGAUUGUCACCCAGCUGCAGGAGUUUCUACAGGGAUUCUGAGAGCACACUGCGCGUGGCUGCCUCCCCUUUCUUGCUCACGCUGAGUGACACAGCCUGCCAGCUCCAUGUGAGAACCUGCUGAGAUGAAGAAAUGCCCAUAUAUGAAAAUAAUGAAACGAAGACCACAUGGUCUUUUUUUUAUGACAAAAUAUAAAGAAUAAGUAUAAAUCGUGCAUAACUAAAAUCACAAACCUAUUCCUCAGAAGAAUUUAAUUUUAUAUUUAUGAGGGGCCUGUGUUUGCUAGAGGUACAGUUGGUGACAGUAGCUGCUUCCUUUCCAGCCGAGAGAAGAAGCUGCCUGGUCACCAUUUAAUCAUGCACUCUUAACACUUGAGAAGAGGAAGGUUAAUGUCUGCGAUGUUUGCCUGCAACCAACAUUAGUUACAUUUGGCUGCCUUAUCCUGCUUUUAAACUAAAGAAACACAAGUUUGAAAAAUGACAGAGCUGUUCAGAUGGUGCAGUCAGAGAAAUGUGUGCAUCAGGCAAAAAUAUGUGGAUAGUGACAAAUAGACAUUACUAAGAUUAUCUUGCAAGAGAGUGGUUUUCAUCCAACAUAGAGAACAUGUUUUAUCCGACAGAAGCUUUUAUUUUCAGUCUAGUCAUUUGAUACAGGAAUUAGUAAAGGCAUUUUUUCCUCAUUUUAUCUUCAGCAAAUUCAUUUAGUCUGUGACUGUGCAUAGUAAGGCCCACAGAAGUGAGUGUGUGGUACCGCAGUGCCAGGUGGGAGAUCUCUGGCCGUGGCGGCUAGCAGCCCUGUGAGAGCUGAGAACCGCAGCUGCCAGCCCGCCCUUCGCCACGCAGGCCCCACAGGGCUGUGACAGAUUGCUCCGUGCUUGCCAGCAUCUCAGGUUCCUCGGUGCACAGGUGCACCUUGGAGGACCCUGCAGCCAUCCCCAGGGUACCAACACUGACAUAACUAGUCUUCCUUAAUCCUCCAACACGCAGUACCCAAACAGGGACAAGGAGAACAUCAAGCCUUACUUUGUUUUACUUGCCAUUUAUUGUAAGGAACCUUUAAAGCAUUUUUUAGGAAAUACUCAAAAGCAAGGUUGGAAAAUGUCUUAUCUUUCUAUAGAAAGUUGGGUACAGUAUGUGACUGUGGGACACCACUGCCGCUUUGUAAGCUGUGGAGCCCAAAAUGUGUGGGGGAUAUUUGAUGUUUUCAGCAAGAGAAAGAAAAUAUGGUCCAAAUUAAAUUUUCCAAAGAUAUCUCA